CGUCACGCCGCCGUGCGCGUCCACUGAGCCGGGAAGAGGAGCUCCCGGACCUCGCUGCUGCUGCUGUUGCUGUUGCUGCUGUGCCGCAUAACCGGAGAAACGACAGAACGACUCCCUGGUACUGCGACACGGAUACCGGAUGAAGGUUCGCGAGAGGCGGCGUUGAACUUUAAACCUUGAAUAUGCGGCGUUUGGAAAUUUGAAACAUCGCGCAUGCGCGGUGCAUCGCACACGCUUUCAACAAGGAGAGCGCGAGGAAAUCAACAUGUCAUCAAAGAAAAGUAAAGGAAAAGGGAAAAAAUCACAGGAUGAAGAAAGCAUCAGUUUCGGAUCACUGACGGAUUUGGAUUCUUCUGGAUUUCUCGGACUGUGUGUAACAGACUUUAUAGAGAAAGCAGAAGAGAAAGCUCCAAAACGAUGCAGAUCAACUUUGGUUCAGAUGAGUCUGAACACCAUGAAAGGUGUUACCGCCUGUAUUGGACGACCUGUCCUCAUCAGCAGCCCUACAGGACGCCAGGAGGUGUGUAUAGCAUGGCCUGCAGCCCAGUUUCCUGGGAGGAAAAUAGGUCUGAUGACUGACAUGCAGUGCAUUCUGGGUGUGAAGCCUGGAGAUGCAGUCAUAGUUGAGCCCAUCACUGGAGCUGUUCUUCAUGCAGAAGAGCUUCAGCUUAGCCUGAGAAGGGAGGAUGAGCCUCUGGACACAGAAGAUUUUCGCAGCUUCCUCCUGCAGUCGUUAGACAGCAGGAUUCUGCUUCCAGGCAGUUCCUUCUUCGUGUCCUAUUUCGGCCGUAAGUGUGAGAUCGGUGUGACGUCUCUGAAGGGUGUAGAUGGAGUCGCCCUCUCUUCUCCUUCUCCCCCUCUUCCUGCUCCAUCGCACCCUGAUUCUGAUUCAGAUGCUGCACCUCUGGAUCUCUCUGUGCAUCUUGCUCAGCUGAACCUUAACCCUUCCUGCAGCACACCAAACCGAUCUUCAUCUUCCGUUCCUCUCACUCCCGUCACUCCACACACACCUGACGCCACACCCUCCAGCCCGAGCACCCGUUUCCUGUCCGACAGCACUGUGUCCCCUAACCCGGAAACGCCUGGUCAGUCCAUGCACGAGUCACACAAAGACAGCAAAUCUCAGACGCCAUCUGCUGGUCGAAACGGGAAUGACAUCUUCUACUCAGUCUGCAGCUCCACAAAAAUCAGCUUCAUGCACACUCAGGACAGUGAGGAUGAGGUUCAGGAGAGGUCAAAGGUCACAUACAGCAUGAUUGGAGGGUUGAGCGAUCAGUUACAAGUGAUCAGGGAGACGAUUGAGCUGCCGCUGAAACACCCCGAGAUAUUUAAGAAUUACGGAAUCCCACCCCCUAGAGGAAUCCUGCUGUAUGGUCCGCCCGGCACAGGGAAGACCAUGAUUGGACGAGCGAUAGCCAAUGAGGUUGGAGCGCACAUGUUUGUCAUCAACGGCCCUGAAAUAACGAGCAAGUUUUAUGGAGAAACUGAGGCACGACUGCGCCAGAUAUUUGCUGAAGCUGCACAAAGGCAGCCAGCGAUCAUCUUUAUUGACGAGCUGGAUGCACUUUGUCCGAAGAGAGAGGGAGCACAGAACGAGGUGGAGAAACGAGUGGUUGCGUCACUGCUCAUGCUGAUGGAUGGCAUUGGAUCUGAAAGUCACAGUGGCUCUCUGCUGGUCCUGGGAGCCACUAACAGGCCUGACGCGCUGGACCCGGCUCUGCGGCGCCCGGGCCGCUUUGAUCAGGAGCUGGAGGUGGGUGUGCCGUCAGUACAGGGGCGUCUGGAUAUCCUACACAAGCAGCUGCACUCCGUCCCCCAUAACAUCACUGCUGAGGAGCUGCAGGAACUAGCCGAUGCGGCGCAUGGAUACGUAGGAGCUGACCUCGCUGCUGUGUGCAAGGAAGCUGGGCUCCAUGCAUUAAGAAGAGUGCUCUCGUCCGCUCCAGGCAUCGCUGAUAAAGACCUGAUGGACAGAGUGAAGGUCACAACCUCUGACCUCCGACUGGCCAUGACUCAAGUUAAACCCAGCGCCAUGAGAGAGGUGGCCAUCGAUGUGCCAAAGGUGUGCUGGAGUGAUGUAGGAGGAAUGGAGGACGUGAAGCUAAAGCUGAAGCAGGCUGUCGAGUGGCCUUUGAAGCACGCUGAGGCUUUCUCGCGCCUCGCCAUAACACCACCGAAAGGUGUGCUGCUGUACGGGCCGCCUGGAUGCUCCAAGACCAUGAUUGCGAAAGCGCUUGCUAAUGAGAGCAAACUCAACUUCAUUGCCAUAAAGGGUCCUGAAUUACUAAGUAAAUAUGUUGGCGAGUCCGAGAGAGCUGUGAGGGAGGUUUUUCGGAAAGCCCGGUCCGUAGCUCCCUCCAUUGUUUUCUUUGACGAGAUUGAUGCUCUGGCUGUAGAAAGAAGCAGCUCGUCCCGCUCCACUGGAGUGGCCGAUCGGGUGUUGGCGCAGUUGCUAACCGAGAUGGAUGGCAUCGAGCAACUCAAAGACGUUACAGUUCUUGCUGCCACCAACAGACCAGACAUGAUCGAUAAGGCUCUCAUGCGUCCUGGACGUUUAGAUCGGAUCGUGUACGUUCCUCUACCCGAUGCAGCGACUAGGAGAGAAAUCUUCAGUCUGCAGUUUCGUAAAAUGCCUGUGCAUCCCAGCGUGGACCUGGAGCACCUUGUGACCCAAACAGAACGCUACUCAGGAGCAGAGUCAUUGAGGUGUGAAGUCGGAUCCAGUCGUUUCUGGAUGCUCUGUGUGAAGGUGGCGGGUCCUGAGGGCAAGUUCCCAAACAGCUCCACGCACCUGAAGGGCUGCUUUGGUUACCGCAGUGUGUCGCGAAGCUGCACUUUUUGCCCUGCAGGAGGACAUUAAAGCCAAACACAUCACUGUCAGCCAUUUUGAAUCCGCCCUGGCAGUCAUAAAGCCUCGGGUGCCGGAUUCGCUUCUCCGGUUAUACGCUGACUACCAGCGGCAGCACGGCUCUGGAUCCUUCUGCUGACAUUGCUGUGUGUGUGUGUGUGUGUGUGUGUGUGUGUGUGUGUGUGUGUGUGUGUGUGUGUGUGUGUGUGUGUGUGUGUGUGUGUGUGUGUGUGUG